AAAGUCGGAAACAGGUCUUCUCCACGCUAAUCGUUGGAAGAUUUUCCUCAAGAGUCGAGUGAUUCCCGAUCUUUCUUGAUUUUGCAUAAGCCUUCAAAUUUCCUGCAACGAAUCCGUCAAUUUUCUUCCGUUAUUCUUGUUUUGAUUUCAGCUUAAAACUCUGUGGAUUUGAACAUCUUUGUUUUCUGGGAUUUACCUUUGGUGUUUCGAGUAAUUUCAGCAUUUAUAUGGAGAAAAAGGGAAGAGGAAAUGGGGUUGUGGACACUGCUAGAGGGCUGCCUGCUUCUUGCAAAUUCACUGGCCAUACUGAAUGAAGACCGGUUCCUUGCUCCCAGAGGAUGGAGCUUCCAAGAGUUUUCUGGAGUUAAAAGAAACUCGUUCAAGGGGCAGAUUCUUGGUCUCAUAUAUGCAACCCAGUACUUAAGAGUUCCUCUUAUACUUCUCAAUUUGCUCUGCAUUGUUGUGAAACUGGUAUCUGGAUGAUGUUGCUUUGGUAACUCUUGCUUAAAGGGCUCAUUCUUAGUAAGUAGGUUGUGUUUCAAACAUUUAUGUGCAUUAAGCUAAUUUCAACGUACAAGGUCUUCUGUGGGGUCCUAGAUAUUUGAUUGAUGCGACAGACAUCAAUGGAGGAAUUGGGAUCCAUGUUUGAUGAGUUUUAGUUGUGUAACUUUAUCUUUCUCCUGGGUUGUUCAGGACAUUCUUGCUACAAGUCUCAAAAGCUUAUAAGUUCAUAUUAUCAUUGUCUUGCUCAUGCGUCA